ACAAUUUAAGCUAAAACGGCUGUGAGCUGUGAGCUGUGAGCUGUGAGCAAGUACAAGCGCGGCGUGUAUGUAUCGUUAGCCGAAUACCGUUACUCUGCUACCGAGCCAAAGCAAGGUAGCCAGACAGCAGAAACAGAAAACAUGGCGAAAACGUACGAUUAUCUGUUCAAACUGCUGCUCAUCGGAGACAGCGGAGUGGGCAAGACGUGUCUGCUGUUUCGAUUCAGCGAGGACGCGUUCAACACCACCUUCAUCUCCACUAUAGGGAUUGACUUUAAAAUCAGAACAAUUGAGCUGGAUGGGAAGAAGAUCAAGCUUCAGAUCUGGGAUACAGCCGGACAGGAGAGGUUCAGAACCAUCACCACUGCAUAUUAUAGAGGAGCAAUGGGAAUUAUGCUGGUGUACGAUAUCACAAAUGAGAAAUCAUUUGACAACAUCAAGAACUGGAUCAGGAACAUUGAAGAGCAUGCAUCAUCAGAUGUGGAACGGAUGAUAUUGGGUAACAAAUGUGACAUGAAUGAUAAGAGGCAAGUUUCAAAAGAAAGAGGGGAAAAGCUAGCUAUUGAUUAUGGAAUCAAGUUCUUGGAAACAAGUGCAAAAUCUAGCACAAAUGUUGAAGAGGCUUUUGUCACUCUUGCUAGAGACAUCAUGACCAGAUUAAACAGAAAAAUGAAUGAGAAUAACCCUUCGGGAGGAGGAGGAGCAGUGAAAAUCACAGAGAGUCGAUCCAAGAAGCCAAGCUUCUUCCGCUGCACUCUGCUCUAACCCGGGAACUUCUGCAGCCUCAGUGUGUGAAUGAUUUCAUUUCUCUAUGUGUGUUUGGCGUGCACGUGUGUGUGUUUGUGUGAGGGUUUACAGUACCACUGGACUUUCA